AUGAACAUUAGAUUCGUUUUCUUCAUUCCAUCCGUCUAUUCUCACGCAUAUCUUCUUUCAUUGACUGAUUCUUUCUUUCUUUCUUUCUUUCUUUCAAUAAAUAAAUAUCUUUCCUUUUCUUCAUUCCUCAUCGAAUCCAUCUAUUUUCAAAUAUAUUUUCUUUCUUUCUUUCUUUCUUUCUUUCUUUCUUUCUUUCUUUCUUUCUUUCUUUCUUUAAAUUACCUCAUAAUAAAUAACAUUACACUGUUUCCUUUUCUUCAUUCUCUUCCAAUCCAUCCAUCCACCCUCACGCAUAUUUUCUUUCUUUCUUUCUUUCUUUCUUUCUUUCUUUCUUUCUUUCUUUCUUUGCAACCAGGCUUAUCCUUUUACUAUUCUUUACUUUCAUUUUCUUUCUACUAUUUACCUUAUGAUAAAUACUAUUUCAAUGUUUCCUUUUCUUCAUUCUUCCUCGAAUCCAUCCAUCCUCUCGUAAAUCUUCUUCUUUUCUUUCUUUCUUUCUUUCUUUCUUUCUUUCUUUCUUUCUUUCUCAUUCAAUAUUUUCCUUUUCAAGCCUAUAUCUAUCUAUCUAUCUAUCUAUCUAUCUAUCUAUCUAUCUAUCUAUCUAUCUCUCUCUCUCUCUAUAUAUAUAUAUAUAUAUGUCAAGAGGACUUUGCCAAGCUCAGUCGGCCGGGUUCGGCGCCUCCUGUUGCGAAGGGAGUCCGCGGUCGAUGCUCCAUGUGUGAGCGCGCCGCGGACGGGACGGCGACGCGCAACCGUCACUCGUCCGCCGGGAAAAAAAAACCCGACUAUCUUCUAACUUUUUCAAGUCUCAAAUAUCUAUCUAUCUAUCUAUCUAUCUAUCUAUCUAUCUCAGCCUGUAUAUGA